AUGAGCCAAAAUGAGACCCUCCAUGGCGGUUGGCUGAGCCACCCCGCAGACAGCUUUGAGAUACAGUUCUAUCGACCUUUCUUCACGCUCAUUCUGGCCCUUCUUGUUCCUGCUGCUGUAGCAAGCCUUUAUUUCAAAGAAGGGGAUGACGUAUCUCCGAAGUGGCCCCGACUCGAGGCCCAAAAGCAGAAAGACUUCUUGACAGAUGGGAGCAAGUAUCUAGAAGACAGCAAAAAGAUGCACAGCGACGACCCUUUCACCAUGCUCACCGACCGUGGCAUGAGGACCGUUUUCCCCGCUGCAAUCGCCGAUGUUAUUCGCAACAUGACAUCGUUACGCUUCAGCAAGUCUGUGGCUGACGAAUUCCAUGCUGGUCUCACUGGCUUUGAGCCUUUUGCCAUGCUCGACAAUCCAACUCAAGUGCUGCAAAGGGUAGUGCGCAAGCAAUUAACGCAGCGGCUAAAUUGGCGGGAGAUCAAAAUCGAGAGUUCGGUCUCGGAGCUCGUCGCCCGCAUAUCUUCGCGUGUGUUUCUCGGUGAAGAACUCUGCCGACAUGAGAAGUGGCUCGAGAUCACGCAGUCAUACACCGUCGCAUCCUUCAGGGCAGCCGCCAUACUCAGGACCUACCCUCGAAUCCUCCGACCUCUGGUCAACUGGUUCCACCCGAACGUUAAAGUAAUCCGCGGUACCAUCGCUGAGUCCCGCCGCAUCAUUGGUUCGCUCGUCGAAAGACGUCAGAAGCUCCGAGCGGAAGCGCAGGCCAACGGCUUGCCUGUGCCUACAUUCAACGACGCGAUCGAGUGGGCAGAGUUAGAGGCCGAUGGCUAUCCUUGCGAUCCCGCCGUGUUCCAACUCACGUUGAGCUUUGCUGCGAUACGCACCACGACCGACCUCUUGACCCAGGUCAUGCUUCGAUUGGCACACGAGCCGGAAAAUAUUGAGCCACUUCGUAAAGAGAUGAUUGAGAUCUUGCAGGUCGACGGCUGGACGAAGAACGCACUCUUCAAGAUGAAGCUGCUCGACAGCGCGAUCAAAGAAGCACAACGGUUGAAGCCGAUCAAUAUGCUUGAAAUGCGCCGCAUGGCGGUCGAGGACGUAACCUUCCCAGACGGCACUCUCAUCCGCAAAGGGGCACACAUUGCCAUAAACAACACAAGUUUUUCCCGUGCUGAAGUCUACGAGGACUAUGAAAAGUUCGAUAUUUACCGCUUUAAGCGUAUGCGAGACGAGCCUGGCAAGGAGCACACGGCACAGCUCGUGUCGACGAGCCUCAACCAUCUGUCGUUCGGCCACGGCAAAUUCGCCUGUCCGGGUCGCUUCUUCGUCUCCAACGAACUUAAACUAGCCUUGUGCCACCUCCUCUUGAAGUACGAUUGGAAGUCCACGCCUGGGGUCUCGCACGACCCCCUCGUCUUGGGCACCACGAUUAUGCACAACCCGGAGACCAGCAUUCAGUUCAGAAGACGGAAGGAGGAAAUCGAUCUUGAAUCUCUCGAGAUCGAAGAGUGA